UUCCGGAGACUGUUCGCAGGGGCAUCGCGGGCAGUAUGAAGCCCGCCGAGGGCGCCGAGAGCACCGAGGUCACCGAGAGCUACGGGCCGCGGCAGCUGGGACUCUGCGUCCUGUGCGGCCUACCCGCAGCGGGAAAGUCGACCUUCGCGCGCGUCCUCGGCCGCUGGCUGCGGCGGGAGCGGGGCUGGGCCGUGGGCGUCCUGUCCUACGACGACAUUCUGCCGGACGCGCCCCUGGAUGGCGUGGACGCGGGCGCGGGGCCGCGGCCAUCCCAGUGGAAAAUAUUUCGGCAGGAAGUGUUGAUGUACCUGGAAUGCUUCUUGGUGGCUGUCAUUAAUGGCUGUCAGAUGUCGGCGCCACCCAACAGGAUUGAACCCAUGUGGGAAGAUUUCAUCGCCUGCCUGAAGGAUCAAGAUCUGAUACUUUCUGCAGCACUUGAGGCCCAGCCUUUUUACUUCUUAACAAAAACUGCUGUUUCUAGACCUUUAUAUUUGGUUUUAGAUGACAACUUUUAUUAUCAGAGUAUGAGAUAUGAAGUUUACCAACUGGCUCGGAAAUAUUCGUUGGGUUUUUGCCAGCUCUUUUUAGACUGCCCUCUGGAGACCUGUUUGCAGAGGAACAGCCAGAGACCUCAGGUGCUGCCUGCUGACACUAUCCUCCUGAUGGAGAGAAAGAUAGAAAGGCCCAACCCUGAGAAAAAUGCUUGGGAGCACAGCAGCCUCACAAUUCAGAGUCCAGUGCAUUCGUCAGAGGCCAGCCUGGAAGUGGCCAAUUUAUUGCUUAGUGCUUUGGAGAAUCCAGUGAAGUAUGUUGAGGACAAUGUGGAACAAAAGGAAACAGACAGAAUUAUUUGUUCAGCUAACAUUUUGCAUAAAGCCGAUCAGACACUCCGAAGAAUAGUCUCUCAAACAAUGAAGGAAGCAAAAGAUGAACAAGUACUUCCUAACACCUUGAAGCUACUGGCAGAGGAGCUUAAUAAGCGCAAGUCAGAAAUGCUGGAAGACUUAAGGGGAGGGAAACUGCGCUUUCAGCACGCUGCGGGCACGGCCGACCUUGUUUCCUGUUUUUGUAAAGAGAAGGAUAAUAUUGUACAGAAAUAUUUUUCAAAACACCACCAACAUUAAAUUUUCUAAAUUUGCAA